CAAAUUGUGUUUGUUUUUGGUUCUAGCUUCUAGUUAAAAGUCUUAAAACUGAUAAGAGUGUUUAUAAUUUAAAAAUGUGUAAUUCUAUUAUAAUUAUUCUUUAACCUAUAUAGUAUCUAUAUAGUUUUAUCUCAGAAGACUUGAGACACAUCUAUAAUUAGGUACCAGAUUUAUUUAUUGAUUAAGCAAUAAACAAAGCAUAAAGGUCGAAGAUACAAUGAUAAUUCACCAGAAGCAACACUAAUAUUCAUACAGAAUUUCAUACAAUUCAUUGCAAAAAAACAGAGAUAUUAAUCAGGGACAUCCUUAAAGAAGCUGAUUCCCUGCUGCAUUAAAAAUACUUGAUGUAGAAAGGGCCAAGCCUUGAAGAACUAUUUGCUAAUUUUCACAAUAUCUAAGUCUUUAGGCUUGUAAUAUGAGUUUCUUAAAUGUUCACCCUUCAUUUGCAACAACGAGUAGACAAGCUGCUGACGUUGCCUCACAAAUAUUUCAGAGGCAAAAUUUGAAUAAAACCCAGGUUUUAGAUAAUUUGUAUAACAAAUCGAAUGAUGAACUAUGGAUAGAAAGCUGGUUGCAACAGAACAAUAUUUAUCGACCUUUGCCCAAUUUAAAGAAAAUAAAUGUGCCGCCUAAUGCUAUCAAAAUAAGCCAAGCUAAAAUAUAUCUUACAAAAUGCACUGGUUUAUUGGAAAAACUAAACAAAGCUCAACACGAUUUGGAGGCGAACGUAUCAACGUUAUCUAGUAAUGAUUGGAAACAAAAAACAAUAGAAAUCGCUGCUAUUAAAGAUGAGUUUACAAAAAUAAUGUGUAAAUUCGAUAACGCAGAUGUCUUUAAGCAUUUAAAAGUGUCUUUAAGAGCAAGGAAGAAGAAAAGAGCCAAUAAAAGAAGAACUAAAGAUCAAACAAUGUCUAAAAAGCAAGAGGAAAUUGAAAAUAAAAACAAGUUGCAUAAAGAGAUUGAUCAGUGGUUAUAUAACAAAAGGCAUGAGGUUGAAAAAUUAAAGAUUGAAGAAAGUAUGCAAAGAGACGCUGAUUUAGUUCUAAGCGAGGUAACAAAGAAAAAACAGGAUGCGCGAAAGCAACUCUCUCUACUUGGCGCUCUUAUUAAAUUAAGGAAAGUCAGAGAAACUACAACAAAUCAAAGAGAAAGUAUUACGUCAUUGGAAAAUAGAAGAGCCUUUAGCCUGACCACUGAAAAGCUAAUAAAAAUGUGGGAAGAUACUUUGCUUGUUUACACAAAGGAAGAACAUGGAUUGAAACUAAUGUUAGAAAAAAACCACACCGAGGGAUCAAAACAAUCAAAAAUAGCAAAAGAACGUAAAUUGAUCGAUGAAUGGAAAACCACUUUUUUCGGCCAAAUGCAGGCUGUACCUUCAAACAAUGCCACCUAUUGGGCGCUAACCGCGGCAGAGAGAGACCUAGAGACUUUUGUAGCAAUAAGAAAAAGCUGGGAUACGUUCAUGGUUUCGCAAACCAAUGAAUUUGGUUCAAGGAUUCCAAUUGGUUGGGUUUUACCUGACGAAAGAGCAAUACCUUCUUGGAAUAAAUAUUUGGAAAGUCGCGAGUUAAAUCAUUAAUAAGUUAUUUAUUUUGUAAUGAAAUGUAAGAGCUUUUAUAAUUAGAAAUAAAUCCGAGUUGUUUAUGC